AGGGGUGAAAUCGAGAAAGUGUUUAGGUACCAAGACUUGUUGGAGCGACAGCGAGUGGAAAGAGAAAGAAUAGCACAAACGAUGGGGGAAUUUGGUGUGCCUGUACCCGAUCUACCAUCUACGGGUAUGCCGUCUCAGAGCAAACCUCCAUCCCAAAUAGAACCUCGACCGGAAAAUCGAGAAAUUCACAGGAAAGCUGUGGCUCUAGAGGAGCUCUGUGCAAGGUUCGUGCCAACAGUCCGAAAACACUGCUAUGAUAAGAAAACAGCCAAGGAGUAUGUGAAACGUUGCGCUGCAUACUUCCAUGAUUGCCAAAGUUUCCUGCCCAAAUCCGAUCCCCUCUACAAUAUUGCCAAUGCGUUCAACUCGAACGUGGGUCUCAAUCUUGGUACCGUUGAAGUGAACGGUAUCCCUUACUAUCCCAUCAAUGAGGAAGGAUCAAUCGGCGUGGGACGAGUUGCAAAUGUUCCGUUUGGGUCAUGGGGAGGCGGUUACUCCGAGAACCUUGGAGUGAGGGACUACUGGUCACAAACGAUGGAAGUUGGUGCUAAUUGGUAUGAAGGAAAAUAUGGGUAUAAAUCCGGAUGGAGUGUUCCUUUGGUGCAGUCCCUUGGAAUCGAAGGUGACACACAUGCACUGGUCUCGGUGCCCACCAAACAAGGAGAGCUCGGUAAACCGAUAGGAGUAGAUGUUGGUUUAGGUGUAGGGCCAUACUAUCAGCAGAACCAACACGUCGGAGUCGAUUACUUAAACGGAAAGGUCGGAACGAAUUUUGGCGUUGGCGUCCCGUUUGCUGGUGUUGGUGUUAACACAGGGCUUGGAAUAUCAUUCCCUUCAGUUAACGAUGUUGUAGGAUAA